CAGAUGGAGUCCCAGACAUGUUCCCUUGCUUCUAGAACCCAACAUCACCAGUUUUGGUCAAGAAAUGACCCCGUUCAGGAACUUCCUUCCUAAGGUACAAAGCACAACUUACUGCUCAUUUAUUGACACUUGAAAAGAUUUAGAGCAGACCAGAGUGUACAGGGUGGUGCAGGUACUUAAAUACUUUGACUUCGGUCUGAUGUGUUGGGCAAUCGGAGCGUGUUUGUGUCCGCUAGGUCGAUUAUCCAGGUCCCUGUUUUUCGACAGUUUGGCUCAAGCCUGUCCAAUUGUUGUGGCCCCAACAUGAUCAUCAUCACGAUGAUCAGUACAAAUAAUGAUGGUCAGGCUUGAUCCGAACCUAAGCCCAGGUCACCGAAAUUUCGGUGACCCAGGCCAUCACAAAACACGGGGUCACUGAAUUGGGUGACCUCGCUGAAGUCCAGGUUCUCCUAUGUACUCUUGCGUAUAGCUACACCUUGUAUCCUUGCGCGCACACUUGAUCCUUUCUC